AUGCUGCCCUGGAGACUGGGUCGAUGUUGGCGAGGUCGAACGGCGUCCACCCUACCAACACCGGCCAGGAAUUCCUACUCAACGCCGCGAUCGUCUUCACAUUCAAGAAGAUACAUUGCAACUGCCAGCUUUGUUGGCGCAUCGAGCCUAGGGUGGUUUUUGAGUUCCCACGACGAUGUGCCAAGUCUCGAGAGCACAUCAGCGGAACCUUUGCUCCCUGAAACAGGCCUUUCGAAAGAUGAAGUGACGCGUAUCAUCUCGCGAGACGCAUACUCCUUUUUGGUCAAAGAUACACCCGGUGUCAGUCGGUAUGAUGGCAAUCAAUUGCCUUCCAACUCAGUCUGCGAGGACCGGUUCAUCCACGGCACUUUUUCGCCGUACAAUGACGGUCAGAAAUGGAUGGCGUGGGCAGUGUUUGAUGGCCACGCUGGCUGGCAAACGGCGGAUCUGCUGCAGAAGCAGCUUUUGACGUUCGUGCGACACAGCUUGAAUCAAGACAAGGCAAGGUCUAGCGAGAAUGAUUCGUCCGACGCGUCUGUGCCGCAUGCGAUCGCAAAGGGUUUCCUGGCCCUUGACGAUUCUAUUGUCAAAACUGCUUUGGAGACAUCUCAGAGCAAGCAGUCUCUCGCAGAGAAGGUGAAGAGACUGCUUCCUGCUUACGCGGGCUCAUGCGCGUUACUCACCCUCUACGAUUCUACCACAAGCAUAUUACACGUGGCGUGUACGGGUGAUUCGAGGGCGGUUUUGGGACAGCAAAGACCUGAUGGAAAGUGGGAAGCCAUCCCGCUGUCGGUGGACCAGACCGGCUACAACGAGGAAGAGAUUGCCCGGCUUAGCGCCGAGCACCCUGGUGAAAAUGAGAUGAUCAAGAACGGUCGCGUUCUCGGGCUGGCAGUCUCACGAGCCUUUGGAGAUACCCGAUGGAAGUGGAAUCUGGAAUUCCAGAAGGAAAUGAAGAACAGAUUUGGCGCCCCAUCCCCUUUGACCCCGAAGUACGAUGUUCGAACGCCGCCCUAUCUGACCGCUGAGCCUGUCGUGACGAGCACAAAAAUCGACCCCAGCAAACCCUCAUUUUUGAUCAUGGCAUCGGAUGGGAUUUGGGAUAUGCUCUCCAACAAACAGGCUGUCGAUCUGGUAACAAAGUGGAUUGAAUCAUCAGCCGGUCAGAAAAGAAAGCCCGAGUUGGAGCCAGCUCAUGAGGCCUUCGACUUGGGUCGGUUUGAGAAUGGCGUGGACUGCAAGUUUGAAGACGAGAGAGCAACAGUGCAGGAUGACAAUGCUGCCGUGCACCUAGUGCGCAACUCCCUCGGGGGAAACCAUCACGAGAUGGUAGCAGGCCGACUUGCCUUUGGGUCUCCUUUCUCGCGGAACCAGCGGGAUGAUAUGACUGUGCAGGUGGUCUUUUUUAAUGUGCCAGGACUCGAGAAAAGAUAG